AUGGCAGAAUGUAAACCUUCAAAUACUCUUUUGCAUCCUAUUUGUAUUCUUGAAAAGGAAGAAGUAAGCUCAAAGGUUUAUCAAAAGUUCUAUCGUGGUAUGAUAGUCUCUCUUAUAUAUCUUACUGCUUCUCAUCCAGAUAGUUUAUUCAUUGUUUGUCUACGUGUUCGUUUUCAAUUAGAUCCUAGGGAAACUCACUUAAUAGCUGUUAAGAGAAUCUUAAAGUAUAUGAAAGGAACAACUAACCUUGGAUUGAUGUAUAAGAAAACAUCAAAAUACAAGCUACCAGGUUUCUGUGAUGCAGACUAUGCAGGAGAUAGAAUUGAACGCAAAAGUACCUUUGGGAACUAUGAAUUUCUGGGUGAAAAUCCUAUCUCAUGGUCAAGAAAAAUACAAUCAACAAUUGCAUUAUCUACUGCUGAAGCAUAA